AUGGAUCGGUUUACCUGUUCUGCCAACGGCCGGGCGAACUACGAGCAUGACGCCGACUUUGAUGUAGAAGUACCGCAGAUGGAUUUUGUCGAACCACGGCCUGUGGAGAGUACUUCCUCUCGACUUCGUGCAGCCACUUCAGUUGCUCGAACGAAACAGUUUACAGAGGCAGUUGGCGAUGAUGCUAACCCUGCUCCUCGUAAGUUUUCCCCCCUUCUUCGACUCCUUUGUACUCCUCAAUGA